AUGACCCCAUAUGCUCUAACCUAUGAUCACGAUGCAAUUCUGCCAGUAGAGAUAGCAGUCCAAUCUCUCAUAAUUGCUCAGCAACACAAUCUGGUUGGAGAAGACUACUCUCAAGCAAUGCUGCUAGAACUAGAAGGUUUGGAUACCACCAGAAUUGAUACCCUCAACAAACUCUUAGUAGGAAAACAGGUUAUAGCAAGGGCCUAUAACAAAAGAGUUAAAAACAAGAGUUUUGAAGAAGGAGAAAUAGUCUGGAAGGCAAUUCUGCCCCUUGGAACAAGUCCUUUCAUAAUUAAACAAGUCCUUGGACUGGGGGCAUACAGAUUACAAGAUCAAAAGGGAGACAUCCAUGCUGCGUUAAUCAAUGGCAAAUGGUUAAAGAAGUUCUAUCCAACUAUGUGGGAUUCACAGGCAGUACAAACAGAUCCUGUGAUUGAAGAAGAAAAAGAUAGAACUGUUGUUUGA